CAAGAUGGCAGACAAAGGGAACUGGGCUUUGGCAAUAACAGUCUGCACAGUGGGUUUUCUGUUGGUCCGGGCCGACAUUAUCACAGAGGCUCCGGUGGGUCAGCUGUUUGUCUAUGAGCUUCACCGAGAGGUUUUCCAGAGUGAAUUUGAGCCUUUUCAUAAAGUCUAUGGUCAAGUUUAUAAUGAUCCCAUGGUGUUUAAAUGCAACAAGGAGCGAUUUCCAGAUCUGCCCCGCUGGCUGCGCUUUACCCAGAGAGACGCCUAUGACAACGGAUUCCUGUACGGGACGCCACUGCCACGGGACCAGGGCAGGAACAUCAUAGAGAUUUUCGUGAUCAACAAGCGGAAUUACGACACGUUUAAAGAGAGGCUGGUGAUAAAUGUGGGUCCUGCAGUAAAGCAGACGCCGUACCAGGCUGAGUUCUUCAUAGAGCUGAGAGAGAUUGAGAAAGUGCUGCCCGCUGCUGUUCAAACUGAGAUCAAACUGGACAUUCAGAACCUGUGGAGAACCAGCAGGCUGGAGUUUGUCAAUAUCACCUCUGCUCUGGACAGGGGCGGCCGCGUCCCCCUGCCGCUUCCAGGAUAUUUUGAAGGCGUGUAUGUGAAACUGGGUUCAGACCAGCCGUUUUCCCAAUGCAUGCUGGGACUUGAGACAGCGGAGCAUCAGAGAGAGUGUGCAGCCGGAGGGAAGAUCAGCGGAGACUGCAGCAGAUGCACCAACCCCGUCAACUGCAUCACCUGGUGCAAAUCUACCCUGUUUGAUCUGUCCAAGCCUGUUCCUCCGGCUCCGGUCCCCACCGUGGGCUCUGGCGUCCUGGCGUGGGGUGGAGAGUUCAGUCCUCCGGAGUCUCCUCCCGACAGAGAUUUCUUCCCCGACUACAUUGUCACCGUCAUCGUUCCCUUGGCUCUGGUUUUGAUCCUCUGUCUCCUCCUGUCCUACAUCAUGUGCUGCAGGAGAGAGGGAGUUCUGAAACGAAAUGCCAAGACUCAUGAUCUGCAGCUCUAUCAUCACCACACCAUUCAGGGUAAUGCCAACGAGCUGCGCAGGAUGGCCGGCGGCGACAGGCGCACCGUGGAUCGUCCUCGGCAGUGCUUACAGCCGCUCCUCAUUGCAGAGCAGGCAAUGGCAGAGAGCUGAGGGACAUCAGAGCCAACUUUAAUAGCCACUGUCUGUGGAAAUGUGUUUAAGGUUCACUUUUUGUUUCUUGCUUUGUGUUUCUUCAAGGAAUACGUCAUUCAAAAAUGAGCAUUCACCCAAUAAUCCACCCAAAAAUGUUGUUCCAAAACCAUAUGCUGUUGUUUUUUCCAUGAAAGCAUAAAAGGAGCAGUUGUUAAACUCCAGAAACAUAUAAAAACCAUAGCUCCAAUUGAGCUGUGCUGCUGUGCAGUAUAUAAUCAGUGAUUUGAAGUCUUUGUGUGAUUAACUAAUUGAAUUAAAGCUUAUAUCACUGUCAGUUUGCAUUGGUCAAAUCUGACUACUCAGUUUAACCCUCUGGUGGUCUUUGGUCAUACGGUCACGUCAAAAAAAAAACAAAUGCAUUUUGAAUUUUUGGUACAAAUAAAAUGUGGACAUUAUUACAAACGGCUAAAUGGUCUUGUGAUCUUCACAGUCGAAAAUAACUGGAAAUACUAAAAAUACAAAAUACACAAGUAAAUAUUUAAGAACAAAUAUUAGAGAACAAAUAUUACUGCAACAAAAUAUAGUGUAAAUAAUUAAGAACAAAUAUUAGAGAACAAAUAUUACUGCAACAAAAUAUAGUGUAAAUAAUUAAGAACAAAUAUUAGAGAACAAAUAUUACUGCAACAAAAUAUAGUGUAAAUAAUUAAGAACAAAUAUUAGAGAACAAAUAUUACUGCAACAAAAUAUAGUGUAAAUAAUUAAGAACAAAUAUUAGAGAACAAAUAUUACUGCAACAAAAUAUAGUGUAAAUAAUUAAGAACAAAUAUUAGAGAACAAAUAUUACUGCAACAAAAUAUAGUGUAAAUAAUUAAGAACAAAUAUUAGAGAACAAAUAUUACUGCAACAAAAUAUAGUGUAAAUAAUUAAGAACAAAUAUUAGAGAACAAAUAUUACUGCAACAAAAUAUAGUGUAAAUAAUUAAGAACAAAUAUUAGAGAACAAAUAUUACUGCAACAAAAUAUAGUGUAAAUAAUUAAGAACAAAUAUUAGAGAACAAAUAUUACUGCAACAAAAUAUAGUGUAAAUAAUUAAGAACAAAUAUUAGAGAACAAAUAUUACUGCAACAAAAUAUAGUGUAAAUAAUUAAGAACAAAUAUUAGAGAACAAAUAUUACUGCAACAAAAUAUAGUGUAAAUAAUUAAGAACAAAUAUUAGAGAACAAAUAUUACUGCAACAAAAUAUAGUGUAAAUAAUUAAGAACAAAUAUUAGAGAACAAAUAUUACUGCAACAAAAUAUAGUGUAAAUAAUUAAGAACAAAUAUUAGAGAACAAAUAUUACUGCAACAAAAUAUAGUGUAAAUAAUUAAGAACAAAUAUUAGAGAACAAAUAUUACUGCAACAAAAUAUAGUGUAAAUAAUUAAGAACAAAUAUUAGAGAACAAAUAUUACUGCAACAAAAUAUAGUGUAAAUAAUUAAGAACAAAUAUUAGAGAACAAAUAUUACUGCAACAAAAUAUAGUGUAAAUAAUUAAGAACAAAUAUUAGAGAACAAAUAUUACUGCAACAAAAUAUAGUGUAAAUAAUUAAGAACAAAUAUUAGAGAACAAAUAUUACUGCAACAAAAUAUAGUGUAAAUAAUUAAGAACAAAUAUUAGAGAACAAAUAUUACUGCAACAAAAUAUAGUAUAUUUAUUUAAUUAAAAAUGCUUAUUCUUUCAUCUCUAUUGACUGCCGAGGAUCACAAAUGAAAGUGAGGAAUACCUGAGGGUUAAAAUUAGAUUGUGUUUUAUUAACGUCUACACCUACCCCAACCCUAAACCUAACCCUUACA